AUUUUGAUCCACACUCCAUACCAGUUAAAGGCGGCAAUGCAACAAAUAGUUGUUUGCCCACCGCCAAUAAACCUCAUAGAAGAAGUGGGGAUUUUCCGAGCAUACAGUGAACGCAUCAACUUUAUCCACCGGGGCAGAUUCAUCAGGAAGUCGUCCAUCGUUUUAUUAGACUCAAGACGAAUUAAAAGCAACAAUGAAUGUCUCUCAUGAAGUAAAUUUGCUGGUGCAGGAGAUCCAGCGCCUCGGCAGUAAAAAUGCUGAUGGUCAAACCAGCGUGAAGUUUGGGGUCUUAUUUAACGACGACCAGUGUGCCAACAUCUUCGAGGCGUUGGUGGGCACCCUGAAGGCCGCCAAGAGGAGGAAGCUGGUCACCUUCCAGUCCGAGUUGCUUCUGCAAGGUGUCCACGAUGACGUCGAUAUCGUCCUGCUCCAGGAGUGAGGCUCAAGUUGGAACCAGGUGGCCUUCUAGCGACUCAAAUACUGAGCUUCUGCAGUGUACCAGCUUGUCACUGAGCUUCCGUUUUCAGUUAUCCUCCGUCUUGUGCAAGGCUCAGUAUUUGAAUUCAAACAUAAUGACCAAACCAAUAACAUCAACCAGUACACUUACAGGCUCAGCUGGCAUAUCUGCAUAUGAUUUAAAUUGAUUUCACUGUGCCAAACAUUAUCACAAAAAACUAAUUUGAGAAUAUUUAAGGUUCUCAGGGGCUGAUUUACGGCCACAUUCAUAGUUUCAUAUGACAAGGACAGAUGGUGUUUCUCUCUUUCUCAGGCGCUGCUGUUUAUCAACCACGGGUCUGAAACGUCAUUUUGAUAUACGCUUUCAAGACUAUGAGCGCACAAAUCAGGAAUGUAAUUCAUUGUGUAAUGCAUUCAUUUUUUUUUAUUUUUGAUUCCUGGGAGAAAUUACAGUAUAAGUUCACUAUCACAACCAUCUCUUGAUGGUAACAGUGUCAGGAUAAAGUAGCACAGAACAAGACACCGGCUAGAUUUAGCAACUUUGACAAGCUUCUUCACAUUUUCAAUUAGAGCCCUCUGAUCCUGACAAGUCGUUUGUAAUGGGUACUUGUUGUUAAAGCUGCACUAGUCUCCCUCAUCAGUCUCAAGUGGCAAUGGGAGUUAGGAUCUCAUUACUUUAAAUCCAUGUAAUGGGUUUUGACGUUAAAUCUAGUGCAGCUUGGGUAGUGUGUUUCCACCAACAGUGUCAACAAAUGGCGGUUCCAUUUAUUUACAUGAGCCAUUUCUACUACCUCUUGUGGACUUUGUAAGAAGACGCUAUUAGACCAGUGCUCUUGGGACUAUGAGAACAAUUCCAUCGUAGAAAUUACAGACAAGUGCAUUUCAAGAAAGACCUUUUUCACCUUUUUGUACACGUUGCAAUCUGCUAGAGUAGUUUUUAUUCCAUCUUUUUACAUGUGGUGUGGUCAACAGUGAAUUUUCUCUGCUAAACAAACUCCAAAACCUGCCUUUCGUAAGAACCAGUUGAUGAGCAAGUGGCGAAUGUAUUUCUCGUGCAAUUUUUAUCAGUGUAUAACAAUUACAGGGUGAUUGGUGCCAGAUGCAAAAGAUGAAUUUGGGAUGUUUCUCAGGACCAAAUCAACUCAACCAAAAUAUGUUUAAUUGUCCUGUAGCUUAAACUAGGUGUCUCACCUAUGACACAAGUUGUGCAUUUAUAGUUUUAUUCGUUUUUUUAUUUUUUAUUUACCCUGAUUUAUUCUGUACUGUAGGUCAAAUGAUACUUGCAGAUCAUGCGUGCCUGUUUUGGUUUUGCGAGGGUUUCUCACCAUCAAAACUCGUCACUUGUUGUUUUAUUGUGUCAAAGGUCAUUUUAGUUUUUUCAUUUUGCUGAAAUAUCAUCGACAAGCACUUUCAGCUUUUUGUGUGGAGGUCCAUAGUGGUCAAAAUUAAAAUGAAUUAAAAGACAACAUGAAGGGAAUAAUAAUAUGAACAAAUGCAGACAAUAUGCAAUAAAACUUGAAAUAAUCCAAUUUACCUUUUAAAACUCUAAUUAAUGAACUCCACAAAACCAUUUUAGGUAAUUUCUUAAUUAAUUAAGCUAUUUUUUUUUAAUUUCAAAAUGCCCUUUCCAUACAUGCCCUUUACAUCAAAAUUACAUUUUUCCAAUUGACCAUUUUAUUUCAAACUCUCACUGUUGAUCAUGAAGAAUUUGUCAUGGCAGAUACAGCUACGUGAUUGGCUGUUCACUCAUUCAUAACAAAGCAUCAGCCAAUCCCAUACCUGGCUCUGCCCUGUUUGUCUUUUCACAAAAAACGUUGGGACAAAACAUGGCUUUGAUUUUUAAAUAACAACUUUUGUAAA